AUGAUGAAUAUACUUUCUAUCAUAAUAUUCUUCUUGUUCUCUCAAUUAUCAACCGCAAUUGAUAGUAUCAGCCAAUUUCAAUCUCUUGAUGAUGGCAAGACCUUAGUUUCUAAUGAUGGAACUUUUGAGUUAGGAUUUUUCAGAGCAGGUAAUUCCACAAACCGCUAUGUGGGAAUAUGGUACAAAAACAUUCCAUCUAGAAGAAUAGUAUGGGUUGCAAACCGUGAUAAUCCAAUCAAAGACAACAAUUCCAACUCAACCAUGUUGAUCAUAAACAAAGAAGGAAACCUCGUACUUCUUACCAACAACAAUCAAACUCUUGUUUGGUCAACAAACAUCACAACACAAUCUUUGUCUUCUACAAGUUCUCAUGUGGCUCAACUAUUAGAUAAUGGAAACUUUGUAAUCAAAGACAAAGAUAGGUUUCUAUGGCAAGGUUUUGAUUUUCCUUGUGAUACUUUGUUGCCGGAUAUGAAGCUUGGUUGGAACCUAAAAACCGGUCUCAAUCGUCGAUUAACUUCGUGGAAAAAUUGGGAUGAUCCGUCUUCUGGUGACUUAACUUGGGGUAUUGUCCUUAGUAGUAAUCCGGAAAUCUUAUUGAAAAAAGAUACAACUGAGUUUCAUCGGAGCGGUCCUUGGAAUGGAGUUGGAUUUAGUGGAGCGCCUGCGGUGAGUGUUACUCGAAUUGUUGAUACAAAAUUUGUGAACAAUUCAAAUGAAGUUUAUUAUACAUACACUCUUGUGAACAAGAGUGAGGUUUCGAUAACUUAUUUGAAUCAAACACUUAACGUUCGCCAACGCGUUACAUGGCUUCCAAAAGAUAAUAUCUGGAGGGUUUACGAGUCUGUGCCAAGAGAUGAUUGUGAUGCCGAUAAUCCUUGUGGUUCUUAUGGAAAAUGUAGUCCUAACGAUACACCUAUUUGUCAGUGUUUAGACGGAUUUGAACCUAAAUCACUGCAAAAUUGGAACACGUUUAAUUGGACACAAGGAUGUGUACGUAAAAUUCACCCUGCAUUUGAAUGCAGGGUGGAUGAUGGUUUUGGAAGAUUUUCGGGAUUGAAAUUGCCGAAAACAACACAUACUUGGGUUGAUGGUAACAUGACAAUUGAGAAUUGUAAGAAAAAAUGUUUGGAAGAUUGUUCUUGUAUGGGUUAUUCAAAGUUGGAUGUUAGAGGAGAUGGUAGUGGUUGUUGUAUAUGGUUUGGUGAUCUUAUUGGUUUGAAACAAGUUUCAUCACUUCAACAAGAUCUAUAUGUUCGAAUGGAUGCUUCCAUUGUAGAUUCAAAUGGAGAAGUUUCUGGUGGGAAUAAGAAAAGUCAUACUUUGACAAUUGCAAUCACUAUUCCAUUGGUCAUUGUUUUCCUACUUGUGAUCAUAAUCUUCUACCUUUACAAGAGAAAAAGAAAGCAGAGAGAAAACAUCAUUUUAACAAAAAAGAAAGAGGAAGAAGAACAAGAUUUUGAGCUUCCUUUCUUCAAUCUUUCUACAAUGAUUGAUGCCACCAAUGACUUCUCAAAUGAUAACAAACUUGGAGAAGGUGGUUUUGGACCAGUAUAUAAGGGUUUACUUGCCCUAGAAAGACAAGAGAUUGCUGUCAAAAGGCUUUCGGGAAGCUCUAUACAAGGAACAAAAGAAUUUAAAAAUGAAGUUAUAUUAUGUUCGAAACUUCAACAUCGAAAUCUUGUAAAAGUUCUUGGUUGUUGUAUUCAAGAAGAAGAGAGGAUGCUUAUUUAUGAAUAUAUGGCCAAUAGAAGUUUAGAUUUAUUUAUUUUUGAUCCAACUCAAAAGAAACUUUUAGACUGGCCAAAGCGCUUUAACAUCAUAUGUGGAAUCGCUCGUGGACUUCUUUAUCUUCAUCAAGAUUCUAGAUUGAGAAUCAUACAUCGAGACCUAAAACCGAGUAAUAUUUUGUUGGACAGUGAUAUGAACCCGAAAAUUUCAGAUUUUGGUUUGGCAAAAAUUUGUGGGGAUGAUCAAGUUGGAGGGAAUACAAAUAGAGUAGUUGGAACACACGGUUACAUGGCUCCUGAAUAUGCUAUCGAUGGAUUAUUCUCCAUAAAAUCAGAUGUAUUUAGCUUUGGAAUACUACUGCUAGAGAUUGUAAGCGGAAAGAAAAAUAAAGGACUUACGUAUCCGAACAACAAUCACAAUCUUGUCGGACAUGCUUGGAGGCUGUGGAAUGAGGGGAUCUCAAAAGAAUUGAUUGAUGAUUGUUUUGGAGAGUCUUUUAUUCUAUCUGAAGCUUUACGUUGCAUACAAGUUGGUCUUUUAUGUCUGCAACGUCAUCCACAUAAUAGACCUAAUAUGGCAUCAGUGCAUGCAAUGUUGAGAAAUGAAACUGUUUUAGCUCAACCAAUGGAACCUGGCUUCAUAAUAGAAAGGGUCUCUACUGAGGAGAAUUCUACAACUGAAAAUUUAAUUUCUUCCUCAGUCAAUGAAGUCACCAUUUCCUUAUUGGAUGUUAGAUGA